GUCAUUUUAUCCCAAUGUUGUCACUAAUAUCUUUAGAACAAUGCGUGUAAUAAUAACUUACUUUUUAAAAGACUAAAAAGACCGAGAUCUACCAUAACUUACAAAAAAAUAUGACUGUUACCUACACAAGUAAAGUUGCAACAACAACAUGGUUUGACUGUUUUAUUAAACUUCUUUUAAGAUGGAAGGGAAGCAUUUAUAAACUUAUAUGGCUAGAUGUUCUUUGUUUUUUAGUAUUAUACUACGUAUUAAAUUUUGUGUAUCGUUUUGCAUUAAAUCGAGAACAAAAGAGGAUUUUCGAGGAAUUAGCGGCGUAUUGUAACAAUUUUGGAAACUUAAUUCCAGUGAGUUUUGUACUUGGUUUCUACGUUACUUUAGUGGCUAACAGGUGGUGGUCCCAGUUUCAAGCAAUACCUUUUCCAGACAAUUUAGCUCUUUUGGUGAGUGCGAGCAUUAAACGACAGGAUGGGAAAAGUAAAUUAAUAAUGCGAACUAUUGUUCGUCAUGUUUGUUUCUGUUUCGCUUACACCCUUACGUUGAUAUCGCCGAGGGUAAAAAGACAUUACAGUAGUUUGGACGACUUUGUUGAUACAGGUUUAUUGUUAAAAGAAGAAAAGGAAAUUCUUGAUGAUUUAUCACAAAAUUAUCCUGAACAUAUGCAGUACUGGCUAUCUUUAUCCUGGGCUGCAAAUCUGGUAACGAGAGCGCGACAUGAAGGAUUUAUACAAAGUGACCCAGUUGUUGUAGCAAUUUUGACUGAAAUAAAUAAUUUCAGAACAAAAUGUUCUACUCUUCUGGAUUAUGAUUGGAUAAGCGUACCUCUAGUUUACACCCAGGUAGUUACGUUAGCUGUUUAUUCUUAUUUUUUAAUCGCAUUAUUCGGAAGACAAUGGACAGAAAAAACAGCAGCCGAAUAUACUGAUUUAUACUUUCCAUUGCUAACACUUUUUGAGUUUAUCUUUUAUAUGGGAUGGCUAAAAGUGGCAGAAGUUUUAAUUAACCCUUUUGGAGAAGACGACGAAGAUUUUGAUGUAUUGUGGAUGAUACAGCGCCAUAUGAAAGUUUGCUAUUUAAUAGUAGAUAAGAUGCAUCAUGAACAUCCAAAACUGGUAGAAACUCAUUCAUGGGAUGGUAUUUUGCAAUAUCUUGCUGAUGGAAAUAUUGCUCCUGUACCUUCUACAGCAAAAAUUAAGUCUACGAAAUCUUUCGGUGCAGGAGAUAGAAAACGUUCUAGUACUGAUGGAACUUCAAAAGUGGAGAAAAGAGUUUUAGAUUCAUGGUAUAAAAAAGCUCAUGGGGUUACCAUAGACGAUUCAGAAUUAAAUAGUGUUGAAACUGAUAAGGACGAAUCUUUAAGUUUAAAAAUUGAUGAUGUAGCAAAAAGUAGCACUUCUGGAAUACAUGAUUUUGAAAAACUUAAAGAAAAACGUAAAAAUCUGAUAAUGCAAAAAACAAAAGUUCUAUCAGAAGAAAUAAACAAUGCAGACAAAAUUAAUGGGCUGUAUCAACCACUAAUUGGACGCAAUAAAACUAUACAAAAAGUUGCUGCUAUUUAAAACAUUUUCGAAUCAGUAAAUUACAAUAAAACGAUUAAAUUUUGUUAUAUAACUAAUACGAAAAGUCCUUUCCAAUAAAAGUUAAGAUAAAAGUUUUUA